CAUUGAUGAAUCACGACAUUGACGUUUACGAUACUUCGCAAAUCGCUGAUUGUUUUUUGUGACUAUCAUUGCAUUGUUUUCAAACUGAAAUAUUACAGUUGUUUUCGCAAAACUAAUGUAGGAUAAAUCUAAAAAAAUGCCGUUCGACAGUUUUGAGAACGUCGGUUCUUUUGUAAGGGAUUGCAACGGUUCUAGAUUGCGAUUCGAUCAAGCUUGUUUACAACUUAUAACAAACGAAGAUGUGAGUUUUUGGAGUCAAUAUGAGGAAUGCGAGGGAUGUGUUCUUCUGGGAACUGCUAAUAUAUCGGCAACUCAUAGCUUGGUGUUGGGCACAGGUAGCCCACUAAACUAUGAAGUGAGAAACGGCAAUGGAUUAAUAUGCAAUGGAACCUACCAAUUCGGUGAAUAUGGCCAGUAUAUCCUGAACAUUACUGACGUCAAAACUGACACAUGCCUCCCGCGUAUGACAGCGGAACCGGAUGCGGCGUAUCUGCCGAUUCUGACAGCCGUCGUCAUCCUCUUGUCUAUGGCCACUCUUUGGUAUGUCGUGAAAGGAGUCGGCAAGAGAAUUGUUGCUGGUCGGCUGUAUGCUAGAUAUUUUGCAAGAGAGGAUAAUGAGUUAGGCUCCGAGACUCGAGUGUUGACUGCUGAAGCAAGUGUACCACGGUCACCGACACGCUCCCGACUGCGCUCGCUCGAUAUCUUCCGAGGAUUCGCCAUCGCACUCAUGAUCUUCGUGAACGCUGGCGGCGGUGGUUAUGGCGUGUUCUCCCAUAGCGUGUGGAACGGUCUCACUGUAGCUGACGUCGUGUUCCCUUGGUUCGCUUUCGCCAUGGGAGAGGCCCUGGUACUCUCACUCAACGCCAGGCUAAGGACUUCGCUACCGAGGAUCAAUGCUUUGCAACAGGUCGCGACUCGUUCCUUGAUGCUCUCCCUCAUCGGCAUAGUGCUCGGCUCCUCCAACUCAUCCUGGAUAGACGUCCGCCUCCCCGGCGUGUUGCAGCGACUAGCCGCCAUGUACCUCAUUGUCGGCGCUCUGGAAUGCGCCUUCAUGAGGACCAGCCAGGAUAUCACGCCAGGUCGUUCCCUGUUCCGUGACAUCAGCGCUGGUUGGCAGCAAUGGUUGGCUACAUUAGUGCUCGUCUCUAUACAGGUGUGUAUAACCCUACUGGUGCCUGCGCCAGGAUGUCCCAGAGGGUACAUGGGACCCGGAGGUCUCCACCUCUCAGCUGUCAGCAACGUGUCUCUACAGAACUGUACUGGAGGUAUCGCUGGAUAUAUAGACAGAGUUAUCCUAGGCGCUGAUCAUUUAUACCAGCGUGGCUCUUUCCGCAAGAUAUAUCACACCACAGUGCCACAUGACCCUGAAGGUAUCCUCGGAAUCCUCUCCGGUGUCUUCGUAGUACAAGCUGGAGCUCACGCCACAAGAAUCAUGCUCGCUUAUAACCAUGCCAGGGCUCGCAUUAUGCGUUGGGUGUUCUGGUCUAUAAUAUUCGGUGUCUCUGGCGGCGCUCUAUGCAUGUUCUCAAAGAACGGAGGCGUUAUACCAGUCAACAAGAAUCUAUGGUCAAUAUCUUACUGCUUAGUGACGUCAUCGAUGGCUAUGUUCAUUCAAGCUGUUUUGUACUUCAUUGUCGAUCUGAAGACCAAGUGGGGAGGUCGACCCUUGUAUUAUGCUGGUCAAAAUGCUCUAUUCCUGUAUAUAGGCAGUGAGCUCUUGAAACGCCACUUCCCCCUCCACUGGGCCCUCGUCGCGCCGACUCAUGCGCAACUGCUAGCUACCCACGCGGCCGCAAUGUUGAUUUGGUUAGCCGUCGGCGUAGCAUUGCACAGGAAACGAAUCUUUAUCACCUUGUAAUAACGCCUGUUUUACUAUGAAACUGUUAUAAAAUAU